UCACACUGUGGUGGUCACUUCUUUAAAAAUAUUUACAAAAAAACUUCCAGAACUUCGUUGUUCAAAUAAUUUGAGAGCUAUUAUUUGACUUCCAAAUCCUAUUUAUGACUGGGAAUGACACGAGAACCCAGCAGAACUAGUUGAGCUCGGGAAAACCGGUGAAAUCCCCACCUGCGUGAUAGUUGCCCACGAGGAGCACCCAUUUCCCGACAAGAUGCAAGAUGCCCCGGCACCGGAUCCACCGGAACCCAGCAGCACUGAAGGAAACUGCUCUGUGGAAAAUGGCAAUCGUAGGGAUCAGGAUCUGAAUCUGGUCGAAUCUGAGCGAGAGGCGGAGGCCAACGGUGCCAAUUGCACAAUUUGUGGCGCCGCAAAGGCCUCAGCCCUCUUGGAUCUGCGCUCCAACCAUGACAUGCAUCGUCGCCUCAGUCGCGACUGGAAGAUUCAUGCCGAUGUAAUCCGCUCCACCUUGAAGGCCAUUUGCGUGGAGUGCGUUUGCAAGUUGAAAAUGCACUCGGAGGUCACCCGCUCCCUGAUGCAACGCAUGCAGCGACUGCAGCGCUCCGGAGGAGGAGUCACCACGGUGACCACCACUACGACCUCGCCCAGCCAGCACAGUCCGCCCAUCGCUGAUGCGGAGGUGUCCACCACUCUGAUUGAGGGCCACGAAGAGGGGCUCGACAAGAGGCGGCAGGGUAGCAUCCGCAGCUCACGUUCCUCCUGCUCCGUAUUGGAAGUCUACCUCGCCCAGCAACCCUACUCGCCGUCGGCCAAGGAGUCGCAAGAGAAGCAAGCGGAGGGUUGGCGAUGGCGCACCCGACUGGAGUGCCAGGUAUGUGGACGUGCCUAUUUCCGGCGCGACUAUUACGCUCAGCACUUGCGCCGCUGCUCGAGGAUGCGUCGGACUCAGCCCCGCCCACCGCGCGCCAAGUGUCGGGUGCUGAACGAGGCCGGCUGUGACAGAGAGGCGUCUGCCAAAGUCAGCCGCUCCUCGCGCAUCUUCUACUGUCGUCACUGCGACGAGGAGUUCGAAUCGAUGGCCAGCAAGCGGCAGCACGAGCGUCUGAAGCACAAGCAGCGGUUUCCCUGCGACCUGUGCGACGCCCAGUUGGACACCAAGUACGAGUGGGAGCUGCACCACACCAUCUGCCAGGCCAAGCAGGAGGCUUUGGAGGAACCGGGGGGUCAGGCAGUGCAGUCUUCGCUGACGCCAAGGGCUCGCUCCAUGCGCUCUCGCUCGAGAGCUUGCUCAGAGGCCUGGGACAAGUACAACAUGGAUGAUGAGGACGAGGGGAGCGACAGCGAUGUGGAGGAGCGAGAAGAUGAAGGCGAUGAUGACCGGGAAGACGCCAUGUACACACGUCGCAUGAACUUCACUGGCGACUGGAUUGUGAACCACAGCCGGAGCAACAGCAACAGUGCCGGAAAUCUCUCCCUGCUGUACGACGACUACGGGCUGGUGGAAACGCACAUGACCACCGACAAGGAGUACGACCUGUACCUACUCGAUCUGCUCAAGACGCAGGUGCGGCUGAAUGCUUUCUCGUGCUUCACGCCAGCCUGUGGCUUCCAAACGGACACCCUGGUGGCGCUCAUGAAGCACGACUACAUGGAGCACUGGAAGAUGAGUUGGUUCUACUGCCACAAAUGCGGCGAUGUCUUUACCAGCAAAGUCUUCCUGGACUACCAUUUGCAUCUGCAGAACCGUGGCCUCUACAUCUGCCACAAGUGUCGCGAUGAGUUCGAGUUGCAGCACCAGUUGGACCGGCACUUUCAGCUCCACAAGAAGGGGAUCAACUACCACUGCAAUUUCUGCCGCCUGGAGUUUCUCAGCGAGGCCAAGCUGCUGGCCCACUGCAAGCUGCGUGGCCACAGUCCCAACGAUGAGCCCCUGAUCAGCAUCGACCGCUCGCUCUCGAUCGUCAACGGCCAUGCGACGCGGCAAGCGGACUAUUCCCGCCCAUCCAAGACCUACGAAGAGCGGGAGCUGUAUAUUCCGAGGAUCGUGGUGCCGUCGCUGCAGCCCAUGCACUUGCCGGAUCACAAACCCUUUCGCUUUGCCAUCGGAAUCUGCGAGUUCGACGAGCGCAAUCCGAACUGCGUGGGUUGUCAUUGAACUCAAGAGAGUCAUGUCUUCGUUGUUCUUUGUCAGCAAUACUAACAAUUAAAUCAUUUUAACUAGAACUUUAGUAAAGUUCAAAUUUAUAUUUUUCUAUAAUAAACAGUGUACCGUUGUCGAGAGUAAAAACCAAA